AUGGAGCAGAAGCACGUGACUAUAAAGACAGGAGAUGCGGUAAGUACAGCGUUAACGCACUUGUUUACGUAAAGGAUUCUUUAGUCUCUAAUUUAUCAGCCACAUAUUUGUAGGAUAAUAUGUUAUAAUAUAAAUAAUUGUAAUUUUUAGGCCAACUCUUACAGGACACUUUGGAAGGUUUGAUCAGGAUCACUUAUUUAGUUUUCUAAUCCUUUUCUUUGAACAUGUUGUUUUGUACCCUCCAUUUACACUGUAUCAUCCCACAGAGGUUGGCCUGCCUCCGAGCUACAGAACAAGUCAAGGAGUUCGAGGAUAUAGCUGAUAUUCGUGACCUGGUGACUGAUCAGUUCCUCUGCACAGGGGGGACAGAGCCUUAUGUUGAACCCUCCACAUGUAAAGGUAACGCCUUCUAUUUCACAUAAUUCUACAUAUAUAUUAUUUCAUUGCUUCCUCUUUUUGUCUACAUAUUUUGCUAGGAAAUUAAUUGUGUUCUCAGUCCCUUCAUGUUGUACAUUCUUUUUCAUUAGAAACCCAUGUUUCCUGUGAACCAUUCACUACAUUAGUUCUUUCCAAUCUCAUGUUUAUUACAUACUAUUUCUGCCUUUCCUGAUUUGUCUGAAUCUCUCUUACACCCCAACACUUACCAUGCUCCAUUGUAUACACUUCAUACAGGAGAUACUGGCGGUCCCCUGAUCAUUGAAUAUAAAAGGCGAUACAUUCAGGUAAAUAAAUAACAAGUCAAAACGUAUCAUCAGUCAACUUCUUCUUUCAUUCUCUCUCUCUGUCUCUCUCUGUCUCUCUCUGUCUCUCUCUCUCUGUCUCUCUCUCUGUCUGUCUCUCUGUCUGUCUCUCUCUCUGUCUGUCUCUCUGUCUGUCUCUCUCUGUCUCUCUCUGUCAAAUUGAUUUGGACAUGAAAGAAAAAUUUGGUUUAUCAGAAUUAUUUGUUUCUAUUUAUUCUUGAUUCAUCUGAAUUUCAGUUAUGCAACAACUGGGUUUGUUUCAAAGUUGUUUAGGCAAAUAAAUCUUAAAUUAAAUGUGAAUUUAGUGUCUGGGCUACAAAUGUAUUCCCGGCAUUAUUGUUUUAAGAGUGUCGGUGUUAAACUCACCUUAUUUUCAGGGUUGCUCCGGUUUUGCCGUGGUUAGGUCUACCUCCUUGACUGAGUUUAUCAAAUAUGACGAUCUCAGCAAACCAACGCUUUCCAAUUGGGAAUCACUGGGAGGCUAUUGCACAUGCAUGGCAAAAUGGCACCCUGAACCAAUCAGCAUCUCCUCAUUGACAUACAUUGAAUCAGUGCAUCUCUAUGAGGAACAUUCAGCAUCUCCAUGCAGAGAGUGAUUCAACACAUCUCUAUGAGGAGAUGUUGAUUGGCACAGUGUGGCAUUUUAACCUGGAUGGAUAUUGCACUCUAUUUCUCUUACACUGUCCAAACUGGAGCUGAGUCUGGGAAGAUUCCUAAACUGUUGUGCUUUGCUUAUCUUCGCUUGCAGGAUCCCCGCUAUACAUUGUGUAUUUAUAUGUUGAGGAUUUAAGGACACCUAGAUGGGCUGAAGUUUUUUCCAAUUUGUUUAACUUAUUAAUUUAUCACCUAUACUCUUGUGAAUGUAGCUUUUUUUGUAUAAAUAAUAUCAGGAAUGUGUUUGCCAACAUUCAUUCAGGGAACUCUCAUGCUAAAAGGACAAUCUCUAAAAGGAAAGUCUAUCGAAAAGGAAUCUAAACUUCUUCAUUUUCCCUUCUGCAUUUCAUCUAAAAUCAGUAAAACAGGUGGGGAUGAUUCCUAACCCAUAUUCACCUAAAACAAUUAAAUGCCAAAAUAUAAAACCAUUUUGGAAAACCAUCUUCAAGCACCCUGGGCUUGUGUCUCGUGGUUGAUGCCAUCAUUCUAUUACUGAACAGCAGAAACAUCCCCAAAAUGUGUAAACUAGUGCUUGCACUUACACUGUUAGUUCAUUGAGUGGCCUGCCUCCGAGCAUUUCUUUAAACUACCCCCAGAACCUGGAGCCAUAACUGGCACUCAAAGCACCAUGCCGACUACCACUUAGUAUACUAGGUUUGGUGCUCUGACUCUAUGUUGCCUAUAGACUCAUAGCAAUAUAAACACUACACCAGUUGACAAUAGGUAUGAGGCUUACCAUGCCCCUUUCAACAUAUACGGAUAUCUUUGGGGCAACAUUAAACUAACGAUAAACCAACAACCUUCUCUCCUUGGUGUAGAUUAGCAAGGAUCGCUAAUGUUUGCCCAAACAGCCCAUCGUAAUAAAAUCAAGGUACAUUUCCACAGUGUUUAAAUGUCUCUAAUAAUACCUUAAGGCACUCUUAUUAAAUUACUUCUCGCCUAAACCUUCAGUGUCCAUCAUUUCAUUAUUAUUCUCUGAUUUAGGUAACUUUCCAAUGACAGCAAUGAAGGUAGAUCCACAAAAUACAUCUCCAACUGUUCCUUUUAAUAUUUCCUGGCAAGAAAGAACCUAUACAGUUCUCCUUAUUAUUUAUCUGCGUCUAUUCCCUGUUCGUACUCUCACCUCUGAUGCCCGCCUUCAACACUUCUCUAGGGCUGCGCCCCUUUCCGUUAUAAUCUCACCCAGUUUCAGUUCUUUCAAAAGAAAAUUAAAAACUCAAUUCUUUAAGAAAGUAUAUCAAUGAAACUGUUAAUAGCUUUACCUCCCACCACCUGUUAUUCCUUUCAGGAAAUAAUCUGGCCAAACUCGUUGGAACAAAAUACCAUCUAUUAAUGCACAUAAAGUGCGUUUCUAUCAAUGAGAGAUCGUGAAUAUGUUUAGUAAAAUUACAAUAGGCUAGGUUCCAUUAAUUCCAUUCAUGAUUGUCAAUAUUUACGUUCAGAUCUUUUUCCCAGAUAGUUACGUCUUUUUUUUUUUAUAUAGUAAUUUAAUUAAUUUUAGACAUCUGACAAGCAUUUUUAAAAUUAUCUUUCUGUGUAAAAAGGUUCUCCAAUGCUGUCACUGAUUUGAUGUGUUGCUUUUAAUUAGUAAAUGAUCCAUCAAAAAGCUUUUUACUCUAAUGUAAUUAAAACUUUCUUUUGGAGGCAAACAAUAUCUGUGUUGUAAAUCUCCAAAAGUUUUUAUGGACUUUUUUUUCUACGAGUUGCUCUACAAUUUCAAUAUCUGCUUUCUUCCAGUAUUCCCAAAGAUACACUUUCCAGGUUUUUUUCUGUUACUUGGAUGUUGACAAAUCUCGGGAUUUUGUUUGCUAAAUUUACUUUUUUUUCUUUAACUUAUACCAUAAUGGUAUAAUUUGGCUGUGAAUCAUACAGCUUUUCUUGCAAGUCGGGAGGUUUUUUAAUUUUCUAGUUUCCAAAUAAAUGUUGAUAAGUUCUUACAAUCUGCAUUAUUUGGCUUCUAAUAAUACAAAUCUUCAUUUUUAAACCCAGAAUUAUACAAUUUAUUCACAUGAUAGAGGAUGCUAGCCUCAUAGUAAUGGUGAAUAAUGGGUGAAAUGUAAUCCUCCAUUUUUAGUAUCUUUUAACAGUAUACUAGAACUGAUGUGUGGUAUUUUGCCUUUCCAUACAAAAUUCCUAAAUGUAAAAAAAAUAAAAUAAAUUCCUUAUUUGUACCAAACCAAGCCAAGGAACUGGGAAACUUAAAGGCAGAUUCUUGAACAAAUAAAUCCAUUUAGGUAAAACAUAAGAUUUUAUCAUGUUAAUUCUUUCAUACUAUGAAACUUCCUUAUUAUUCCAAUCCUUGACUACUUGACUACUGUAAUCCGCUUCGCAGUGGUCUUACGUGUUCCCAACUAGCGCCGUUACAGUCCAUAAUGAAUGCGGCGGCAAGGCUCAUCUUCCUGUCCGCCCGCACCUCCCAUGCCUCACCCUUCUGUCAGUCCCUACAUUGGCUUCCUGUAAGAUAUAUGGCUCAAUUUAAAAUUCUGGUUCUUGCUUUCAAAUCGCUACAUAAUGCUGCUCCCACCUAUCUUUCCUCCCUUAUACACAAGUAUGUCCCGUCUAGGUCCUUACGAUCUGCUGAAGACUUACGUCUAUCUUCUGUCCGUACUCCCACCUCUGAUGCUCGCCUUCAAGAUUUCUCGAGGGCAAGAUUUCUUCCCUCCUCCGUUAGAUGCUCACCCACUCUCCACUCCUUCAAAAAAAUCGUUAAAAACCCACUUCUUCAUAAAAGCAUAUCCAUUAAAUUGUUAAUAGCUCCUGACUGAUUCCUCUUCUGCAACUGUCACUAAUCUAAUACUAUCCUUACCUUUUUGUGUCAUUUUACCCCACUCCCUCUAGCAUGUCAGCUCACUGAGCAGUUCUCUCAACCCAUCUGUUCCUGUGUGUCCAACUUGUCUGGUGACAACUACAUGUCUGUUCGUCCACCCAUUCUAAAGCGCUGCGGAAUUUGAUGGCGCUAUAUAAAUAUCAUAAUAAUAAUCCUUCAACAUCAUAUUCAUAGAUCCUAUGGUAUCUAAAAAAAAUAAGCUUGAUUAUUCUUUUUAGAUCAAUUGGGAUUAUAAUUCUGAAAUUACUAAAUGCUGGAGCUUUAUUUAUUUGAAUUACAAGACAACCAAUCCAAGUGCUCUAAUCAGACUUCGAAGCGUGGGAAAGCCUUUAUAAAGUCCUUGCGAGGCGAAAUUGGAUUUACAUAUUUGCCCACAGUUUCAAUUUAUUCCAUCAGUUUUUUUUUUUAUUUUACGAAUCAGCCUUUUUUUAUUUUCCAUUUUUCAAGUAUUUUGUCAUGUAUUAUGUUUUUUAUUUGACCUUUUUUGGGGCUAAAGUUAAAAAGACUUCAUAUGGUACGUAUUAUUUAUGUUUUGUUAUUCAGUUAUCUUCUGUAGUCAUACAAUCUUGAGAUUGAUACUCAAUAUCGCAAGGUUAUUGACAAAUCUAUUUGACUUCUUUUACAGUGCAGUGGUGAUGAUAGUCAUGUGUGUCUUUAAGAUAUUGUGUUUGAAAACAACAUUAAUGUGUGUAUAUUUCUUUAAGCAUGUUCCAAUUGUUGAUAACUGUAGUUAAGCCCUGUUUUAAGUGAACAAAUCAUUUUGUUUAUAGUAUACAUGGGUAUUUCUUGUGUUAUCAAUUUCACUGUUAUUUCGUUGUUAAAGUGCUUAUUUGUCAGUUAAUUUAUUUAGUAAAAUUGCUCAUAAAGUUUGGUGACAUAAAAAUCUUCAGCUCAACAUGUAUUCUUGAAUAGGCAAUCCGUCAUAAGGGCAUCAAAUUAAGGGAGCCAUCUACGAAACAGCACCGUAUAACGUGGUUCCAAAUUUCUGAACAUUUUCGGAAACAUUUCUGGUUAUUACAAAUUCAAAAUUAACAAAUUAUGCCUAAACAAAUUUUCAAGUUAUCCCAAUGAAACCAAAAACAAACCAUUCACAUGUCUAGAUAGGAGAACCCUGUCCCCGUUUCCCAGUAAUUGGACAAACCAUUCACAUGUCUAGAUAGGAGAACCCUGUCCCCGUUUCCCAGUAAUUGGACAAACCAUUCACAUGUCUAGAUAGGGGAACCCUGUCCCCGUUUCCCAGUAAUUGGACAAACCAUUUUACAGUUUGACCUCCUACCUGAGUCCCCGGGCACUGUUAGUUUUCCAUAGAAAUAUGCACAGAGAUGACAUUACCCAGCCUGAAACUCUAUUUAUGGGAUGAUUUAUGUCCCUAUGAUGCUGCCACAGGUGACGUUACACCUCGAGCAGCAAAGGGGUUAAACUUCAUAUGUGCAGCAUUUCAUAGACUCCAGGCGCCAUGGCCUCUUAAAAUCACUGAAGUGGUCAUAGUACUUGGAGUAAGCCUUUACAAAGUACUGGCAUCACUAUAGUGCCAUCUGUUAUAGGCAUUAUUAUAGGGGUCAAGUCACAUUAUUGUACCUGGUGCUGUAACGUGAAGGGGUAAAACAGCAGUACAGUGUAUCCUGUCCUGUAGGUUUAGGGAGAGUUAGGGAUUAUGGUUAGCAGGUGUUUAUUGUUUAGUUGGCUUGUUUAUGUUGUAAAUGCUUUAUUCUAGUGAACUAUAGCUGGUAUAGAUGAGCUUCAGACUGCGCAGUCAGUGGAUAUCACUAGGAAACAGCAAAUACAGGGUGCGCUUAGUAGAAAAAUAAAAAUUAAUACACAGAAAAAGGGAAAUGCAAAAGUCUCUGAAAAUGCAGUGUGGACCUUGGAUAGGUAUUCUUUGGUUCUUGCUUUGGGUCCUCGGUAGUUAAUAUGAAAUACAAAAGCAGAAACAAGAAGGGACCAAUAGUGCAAAACCGUUUGGAAAUGGCGUCACUGACAACAUAGAAAUAGAGAAAUGUCAACUCACAAUCAAUAGAGCUAUGCCCAGCUCCAGGUAAAACGGCAUACAGUGGUAUUUGAAACUCCCCACAUGUAGGAUAUAGCUGGACAAUAGGAGGUGUUUCUUCAAUAGUGGAUAUCACUAUACUGCUUUCACGUUUCCUUUAUGACCAGUCAACCUGUAUCCUGUCUCUAUAGGUAGGAAUUAUAAGCUGGGGAUCUGUGAAUCAUUGUAUUGGCUCCAAAAGGAAACCCACUCCCAUCCCAGAACGUUCCUGGGAUUUCCAUAUCAGCAUUUUCUCCAUGCUACCCUGGAUAAAGGAGAUUGUGAAGAAUGA